AAACGAAUUAAAGGUUUUAAAGUUGAAUCUGCGGCUCAGAUUCUCUCAGUUCGUCCUUCACCUCGAAGAUCCUCCCAGGGGAAACACGCAGCGGAUUUGAAAAUCAUGGCGAUGCAGGUGUCAGAAUCCGACCAGAUCAAACAGUUCAAGGAGUUUCUGGGGACGUACAACAAGGUGACAGAGAACUGCUUCAUGGAUUGUGUGAAAGAUUUCACCACCAGAGACGUGAAGCCUGAAGAGUCAAGCUGCUCUGAGUCGUGUCUGCAGAAAUACCUGAAGAUGACUCAGAGGAUCUCGAUGCGUUUUCAGGAAUAUCACAUCCAGCAGAACGAAGCUCUGGCUGCUAAAGCCGGACUGUUGGCUCAACCUCGCUGAUCCUGGAUCUGAUCACCGACAUGAGAACAGACUGACGCUCUGCAGAGCAUGAUGGGAAACGGAGUUCAAACACAUUCAUGGACAGAAACUGUGGAAUUAUGCUUUAAUGUGGGUUUUCUUUAUGUUGAUGAUGUUUUUUUUUUAAUUAAACUUUGUGACGAUCCGA